AUGGCAACUAAAGUAAAGCGACAACUCAAAGCUAAGGCCUGCAAACUAAGCAGAUCGCUAACUAGGUUAGAGACACUGAACGCCCGAAACGAAGAUGAAGACGGUCUGCGCGAUGCACUGGCAGUCGUCUUGGAGCAGUCGAAGUCGAUGGACGAUUUGCAGGAAGAGCUGUCCGGUCUGAUCCCGGAAGAAGACAUAGAGACGGAAUUAGAUACAUGGAAUGAGUUAGAAGAGCGGAAAGUGCAGCUGACAUGUGAGACGAGAAAGAUGAUAAAAAGGAACAGCAGUCAAACUACCGUCGUUGACGCUACCAAGACCGCCCAUCUUGAGCCCAUAAAAAUACCGAAGUUCUCUGGACAGGCGGCUCAGUAUGAACAGUUCAGGGCGGCAUUUAAGGUGUUUGUCGACGAAAACGGUCACAUUUCCAUGAUGGAGAAAAUGAUCCGUUUGAAGGGAUACCUCGAGGGAGAGGCACUUCAAGCCAUUGAAGGUCUUACCUUUUCAGAGAGCGACUAUCGUGCUGCUCUGAAGAUUUUGGACAAAAGGUUCGGCGGGCAGAAUCGACAGCUGAAUGAGCGUCUGCAAACACUGCGUUGUCAGGAGUCCAUCAUCCCAGGAGACUGCAAUGCUCUGCGGAGAUUCGCCGAUCUGCUGACUGCAACAGUUUUGAGCCUGAAGAACAUGGGCGAUGAACAUGACAUUUUCUCUGAAACACUCUUCGAGAAUGUGUUCAGAAAGCUGCCCGAAAAUGACAGAGAAAGUUUCAUCAGUGAGUCAAUCAAGAGCGGAAGCGAAAUGGACCUGACACUGCAGCUGCAGGGAGACAGGGAGCGGAGGAACCAACAAGAGUGA